AUGGACCCAGCGGGGGCGCCAGGAGCCCGCGUUGUCCGGCCGUGGAGCUCGGACACUGGGCGGGCCGCCGGCUCCGGCCAGCUGGGGGUCAGAGGCCGGGCCGGCCGGCCGAGAGGCUCCAACCGGGGGAGGGGAGGAACCCGGUGGGACGGCCGGGAAGGAGGCAGAGUCCCCACCGCCGUCCCGCUAGCCCUUUCCCUUCCCUCGUCUCCAGCCCUGCCGCUGCUGCUGUCCUGGGUGGUCACCCUGAGGCCGGGCCCGGCCGAGGGUCACCCCGGCCUGCCCCGGUUCCUGCACCGCGGGCUGGAGCAGGUCCGGAAGAUCCGGAGGGACGGAGAGGCUCUGCAGCAGAGAAUGUGUACCAAGCACAGUCUGUGCCACCCUGAGGAGCUGGAGUUGAUGCGGCAUUAUCUGGGCGUCAGACAGGCUUCGGUCAACCGCUGCCCCAGCCGAGACCUGGAGCUGGGGCCCUGCCUGAAGCAGCUUGCCAGGGGGUUGAAGCUGUACCAGGCUCAGCUGGAGGCCCUGGAGGGCAUCUCCCCGCAGCUGGCCCCCGCCCUGGACACCCUGCAGCUAGACGUCAGGGACUUCGCCAUCAACAUCUGGCAGCAGCUGGAGGACCUCCGCCUGACCGCCGGGACCCCGCUCUCCCCCCAGGCCUCCGUCCCCACCUUCACCUCUGCCUUCCAGCGCCGGGCUGGGGCCGUCCUGGUCCUGGACAACCUGCAGGGCUUCCUGGAGGUGGUGGCCCGCGUCCUGAACCAGCUGGCCGGCUCCUGACCCUCCCUUCCCUUUCAGCCCCUUCCCUCCUCCCUGUAUUUAUGGGUAUUUAAUAUUUAUAUCUAUUUAACCCUAGAGAUAUUUAAAGGCAGAUGGGAGAGAGGCAGUUGGGAGCCUGGACUCCUGGAUCCCUCUCCCCCCAUCCUGGCCUCGGUUUCCCCAUCGACGGGGGAAAAGCCUCCUUGUCCCCCCCGCGUCAAGGACGUAAAUACUAGGUAUUGCUGUAACCGUCACCCCCGCGGUGCCGCCCUAUGCCCCGGCCGUGCCCAGUGGCUCGGAGACGUCUCCCACGUGGGAGACAGGUCAAACCUGUUUAAUAUUUAAACUCCAGUGUUCCCCGGGUCUCCCGGACCCCCCGCCACCGGCCCCGACUCCAACCGAGUGGGGUUGGGGAGAGGAAAUGUGGCACUAAGUUCCUCCAGGUGGGCCCCUGUCACCUCUCCCAUCUCCUUUGCCCCCCUGAAGGGACCACCCCCCUCCCUCCCCAGAGCGGGAGGCCCUGAGGAAACCCACCCAGCUGACCUCUUAUCCUCAACAUCCCCGCCCGAGUGGCACCCUGAACCACGACGGGGGCAGGGCACGGCCCUAGUGUCGGCUCACUGUCUCCAGGCCUCAGGAAAGGUGCCCAGUUGGGGCCAGUGAGACUGGACUCCCCGGGCCCUUGGGAUGUUUUCCGGGAUGCACCAAGCUCCGAGGGGAAGGGUCGCAGCCCUGCCCCGGGCCACCUGGUCAUCCUUGGCUGAGUUGGUUCACAGGCUUGGAAGCUGCCGCUGGGCAGCGCCCCAUAGUCCCCAACCUCAGAAUCCACCGGUUCAGUCGUCUUACCGACCCCAGCGUCUGCGGGCUCUGUGGGCGGUGUGGAUUCUCAGGCUUAGCGAGGGCAGGGCAGACACUUGUCACUUCCUUUGUCCGGCUCCAGUCUUCUGGGGCCAUUGGAGAUGUUACUGAUGAUGGAUUUUCACACUCCUUUUAUUUAUUCCCCUAGUCCCCCUUGCCCGCUCAUGCUGUUACCUGUUGUAUGUGAAUUUUUCCUCCUGCCCUCAAGACAUCUGGCUUGCCUUCGGGAGGCUUGUCUUCCCCCACUACACUGUAAGCUCCUCGAGGAAGGGAGUCUGUGGCUUCUGUUUUAAUUGUAUGCUCCCCUGAGCCUAGUAGCAUGUUUUGCACACUGUAGGCGCCCAGUUUAGCACUCCUCACACACACAGUAGGUGUUUAAUAAAUAUUAUUGAAUGAA